AUGGGUCAUGGAUGGGGGAGGGGGUGACCGGUGUAUUGAUUCCUCUGAAUGGACUAUAAGUUGUCCCAGUUCAGAUUCAGUCAGCAGAGUUUCUACUGUUUACACCAUGUAGCGCCGGUGGGAUUACUUUUUUUAACCUGCAAUGAAGCAUUUUGCUUUUCUUCAUUUUGUAUUUAUUUGUUGAAGGAAUGUGUAAAAUCCUGUGAAGAUGGGAGACUGGAACUUCUUGGGUGGCAUCCUCGAGGAGGUGCAUAUCCACUCCACCAUGGUGGGGAAGAUAUGGCUGACCAUCCUCUUCAUCUUCCGCAUGCUGGUGCUGGGUGUGGCGGCAGAAGACGUGUGGAACGAUGAGCAGGCAGACUUCAUCUGCAACACAGAACAACCUGGCUGCAGGAACGUCUGCUAUGACCGUGCCUUUCCCAUCUCCCUUAUCCGCUACUGGGUGCUACAGGUCAUAUUCGUCUCAUCACCCUCGCUGGUGUACAUGGGCCAUGCUCUGUACCGUCUCCGAGCUCUGGAGAAGGAGCGACAAAGAAAGAAAGCUGGACUUCGGAGGGAGCUGGAGGCCUUGGACCCGGAACUGGCCGAAGUGCGUCGGAAAAUCGAAAGAGAGCUUCGUCAAAUUGACCAAGGCAAGCUGAACAAGGCCCCGUUAAGAGGCUCACUUCUGCGUACCUAUGUGGCCCAUAUAGUAACCCGUUCUGCUGUGGAAGUAGGCUUCAUGACCGGCCAAUUCCUUCUGUAUGGCUUCCAACUUGACCCCUUGUUCAAAUGUGAGCGGGAACCUUGUCCAAACGCCGUUGACUGCUUUGUGUCCCGUCCUACUGAAAAGAGUGUCUUCAUGGUGUUCAUGCAGUGCAUUGCCGCCAUUUCCUUGUUCCUUAACAUCUUAGAGAUCAUGCACCUGGGAUACAAGAAGCUCAAAAAGGGCAUCCUUGCCUUGUACCCGCAGUUGAAGCAUUCGGAUCAAGAGGACGGGUACCUCUUCAACAAGGCCAAGAAGGAUUCUCUGGCUCAACAGACUUGCAUAGGCAUCUCCACUGGUCGAAAGGCCACUAUACCGUCAGCGCCAAGCAGUUAUAACCUUUUGAUCGAGAGGCCACAAGAUGGACCUUCCUACCCGCCUCUUAUCAACCCCUCGUCUGCGUUCCUGCCAGUGCAAAGUGACCAUCCUGGCAAGAGUGACUUGGAUGCACCAAAGGAUGCACUGCACAGCCCAAUGGAGCACAACAGCAACUCCAACAAUACAAGCAGCGAGAGCACACGAUCCCCAGCUGGAGAAUCCAUCACACCUCCUAAACAAGAUGACCUUGAAGAGAUUACCCACCUAUCAACACACGACAAGGAAGACCAGGAUUGUGAAAAGUCUCAAACCUCUCAAUGCCCAACAAAAAGGGCAUGGAAAGUUACAGCCCCCUGGAACUGUGCUCCUGUAGCAGAGGGUACGGCCUCAGAUUCGGACUCAGUGGGUGACCCCAAGGCUCGGUGCUCCAACCGUGAACCCCGAGCCUCCCUUAGGGUGGGUUCCAGGAAGAGUCGACCAAGCACCCCUGAUUCCAUUGGGGAGUCCAGCUCAGAUUCUCACCGAAGCCCACGGCCACCAGGUUCACCCACCCGCCGCACUUCAAUGACCAGCAGCACCACCAGCAGCAGGCGAGCAGCUCCCACUGACCUAAAGAUAUGAGCAGUGCAUAUAGACAAAGGCCAGGAGACAUUCCUCAGCAAGCACUAACAUUGUCAUGGUGACCACUGGCUUCAUUAUUUUCCUCAAUAAGAAAUUAUUAACCAAACUGGUUUGAUCGUGGAGAAUCUUUUAGAUUCUUAGAUUCUCCUAACAAUCGUGAACAACUUAUUGUUUGGGUUUAUUGAAGAUUUGGGCUAAAAAGGGGUUCAAAUGGGGACUGUAUGAGGAAAGCUGAGAGAUCUUGUUUGCACCUACAUUGGGUUUUUCAUGUUGUGAAGUAUUAAAUAAUGAAUAUGCAAAAAGUGUAAUAAAUAAUGCUGCUUUAAAACCUGCAGGACAGUCAUACCAACACACAUACCCAAUCCUGAUCAUGAUACCCACAUCCUGGUUCUGUGUUCUACCAGAAGACUCUAGAAAGCAAAUAAAGUGAAAGCAAACUAAAUAAAUAUGGUAAAUAUUAGAAAAAAAAAUCAAGGAUAGGACCCAGAUUGUUACAACUUGUUUUAUUUCCAUUAUAGUUAUUCCACCUUAAAUUAUACAUCUACCAUCUACAUAGUUUAAUUUUGGAUCACAGAGUUCAGGUAGGAGGGCCCUAUAUCAGAAUCUUGUUUUGGGCCCCAGGGAAGUCUGGACCGGCUCUUUGGAUCCUUGCUGAUCCUGAUGUAUGCAAAAAGCAGGAGUGGAGUCAAUCGCCCGGGCAACCAGAUGGGACCAAUCUUGGAGACAACAAGUGAAACAAUAGCAUCUGAAAAGCAGCAAGACAAGUGUGUAAGUAUAGCAUUAGAGUCUCCUGGUAAAACUUCCGUUGGUUAAUUUAUUUUAGUCUCAUUUACAGCAAUGAGAAACAAUCCUACCCAUGUUCUAAGUGACAUGUCUGCUCAUAUAUUGACAUUUAAAGGCAAUUCUAUGGUCUUCAAAGAGUCUUGAUUCUUCCCAGUGUUUCAUCCUUCUGAUCUGUGGGAGUUUCCCCCUUGCCAUGAUCUCUGUUUUUUAUAUAAACCUGAUUGUGCACAUGCAUGUAGUUGUUUUCACUGUAAUUUUACAAGUAAAUUUAGAAUUUAUUUUUUUUUUUUUUUCAAGAUUAUUUAAAUAAAUGAGACACACAAAUAUAAAAAAUUGUAAAUAAUUAUUUCAACUUUUUUUGACUGCUCAGUUGACCACAAUGUCUAUAGUAUGCCUGUCUGCAUAUGUGCCUGAUUUUCGGUUUUAUGAAGUACUGUGCAAAAAUCUGAAUUUAAUAAAAACUGCUUAUCUGGAUAUUCAGUGUUUUACUCUAUUUGCACAUCAAAAUAGCAUUAAUACAAAAAUAUGGAAACGUCAGGGCCACAUCUGGCAUUUGUUAAAAAAAAAACUGGAUCCACGUUUUAUUCUUGUUUACAUUUAUCUGUUCUAAAGUAAAAUUGUGAGUAAAACUGACAUAAAUGCCUUUGGUGUUUACAUUUUUUACACAGUACUUGAAUUUAAUUUUUUAAUUAAUGCAGUUCUUAAACUUCUCUCUGCUGUUUUCUGUGAUGAACUUGUUGACACUAGUGUUCACACUGUAAAAUCUACAGUUGCUCUGUUAUUAGAACUGAUUUUGGAAAGAGUGCACCAUCUGCUGGGAAGUCCAGUACAGCACAUGUACAUUUUAGAUAUAGAGAUUUAAUGCUUCUACUAGAAAUUAGAAAAUGGUUGGAAUGACUGUUUCACUUAAGGAUUUUGUUUAUGAAUCCAAAAAAACA